GUGGACACCUGGACGGUUCGAGAAGCACCGGCUUCCCUAUCUUAUCAGAUCAACGCCACAAAACAUCACAGCCACAACGAAUGCGUGUGACCGUUCGCGCGCUAGAACGCGUAUAUGGAAGACGGUCUUGGCAGGCGACACGUUCAGUAACGCACUGAAAUCCCGAGUGGUAACAACUGUUAGCAUUGCUUGAAGAGUUCGAUAACAAAAAAAACGAGCGAUGAGCAUAAAGGUAGAAGCGCUAACGAACGAAGUGUUCUCGGCACCGGCUGUCCCGGAUAGAAAGAUGAUCUCCGUUCGUCCAAUUGCGGAAUGCCUCAAGCGCAAAGCGGCCGACGAGCUGAACGAAAAGGAAAGCAUCGUUGCGCAGGAGCUGGAAAUGAUAAAGACCUGGAUCAGACAGUCCGGACACAUCCGCGGUCGGAUGGAGGAACAGUUUUUGCUUGGGUUUUUACGCUCCUGCAAGCACAGCCUGGAGCGGGUGAAGGAAAAGCUGGACACGUACUACACGAUCCGGUCCGUACUGCCGGAGGUAAUGCGCAACCGCGAUCCACUCGAUCCGUUCGUGCGGAAAGUCAUCAAAAUGGGUGUGACGGUGCCCCUACCAAGAACGGUCCACCCGGACGAUCCGAAGAUCAUUCUCAUACGGGGCGAUGCGUUCGAUGGGGAGGUGUGUGACUUCCCGGACAUUCUGAAGGUGUUUACGAUGAUCGGUGACAUACUGCUGCGGGAUGACGAUCAGAUGAUGAUCUGCGGCCAGGCAGCAAUCAUCGAUCUGGGCCACUCGUCCAGCAGCCAUCUGUUCAACUUCAACCUGUCGUUCCUGCGCAAAGCGUCCAUCCUGAACCAGCAAGCUUCACCCCUCCGGCAGAAGGGAUUCCACUUUAUCAACACACCGAAAAGCUUCGACAUCGUGCUGAACAUCUUCAAGGGACUGAUGACGGAGAAGAAUCGCAAACGCACGAUCAUAUCGCACGGUUCCAGCCUGGAGUCGCUGCACAAGUACUUCCCCAGGUCCAUACUUCCGGCUGAGCUGGGUGGCGAGCUCGGCCCUGUUCAACAGUUUGUGGACGAAUGGGAACAGAAGCUGAUUGACAACCGGACGUACCUGAUCGAGGAGGAAUCGCUCGGUGUGGAUGAGAACCGGCGAAGGACCACCAACCCGCUAGCGGAGGAGAAGGAUCUGUUCGGGACGGCAGGAACGUUCCGGAAGCUAGAGUUUGAUUGAAUGUCAGGUGGCUGGCUGGAAGUUGUAGGGUACUGCAUAAGCCAUAUGGGGGGGUUGAGUAGAUAAGUAUGUUGAUUAGAUAAGUAUUACUAUAAAUAAUAUAUUGCAUAAGUGAUCAAACAGGAGUGUAACUCUGUAAACUAAGAAUAACUGUGUUAGACCUGUGUAUUACUGUGUUCUCCUUAGAACUUGGAAAUUACUGAAGCUAAAUAUAAAAUUAUUUAA